UUGGUCCAUCCCUCCUUUUGUGCUUACAUGAUCAUUACCGGUCAGCGUUGUUGUUUACAUCUGUAUUUGAAUUGCUAAACGUGUGUAGCCGGUUAGCUACAGGUUACCGGUGCAACGGCUCGGUGUUCCCGUACCGAGCAGGAGUUAACGUUACCCGCCGCUGCUGCCGUUGUAUGAAGAACAGUCACUGGAGUGGGCUGUGUCGAAUUGUGGUUACCUUUAAUGGGAUAGCCCUGACAGAAGGCUGAUACCUCUCGCAUGAAGUCAUGUUUAACUUUUGUAUCUAGUUUGUUCGGUGUUGACAUGUCAAAAUACGGGUACGAAUAAGGCGAAGGAAGCCCUUUUCCUCCCAGUAGCAGCUCUGUGCCGGUCUCUGAGGUGCUCCUUCUGGCUCAGCUCUCCAACAUCACCUGAUCACAAGGACAUUGAAACCAAAGGAAUGGAACGAAAUAUAAUUGUGUCAGGGCAACAUAUGUCUUGCUGAACGGAAACCAUAAAUGAUAAGUAUAUUUUUAGAACAUUUACAUGUGAAAAGGGGAACCGAAAAUCCGUGUGACGUUAUUCAGAUGUGUUGAGGUCCGUUUUACCCGCCAGUGUGUCGGGCAUAUUCUGUCAUCGCUGUAGCUGAUGAAGGCGCGUGACUUCUGUUUUGAGUGUUUUAUCUGGAGCCAUAAUGUCGGACGCUCAGAGGUCUCUGCCCCCCCUCCUGAAGCUCAGCUAUGCGGUGGGACACGUUCUGAACGACCUCUGCGCCUCCAUGUGGUUCACAUACCUGCUGGUGUUCUACCACUUAGUGCUGGGCUUCCAGAACACAUAUGCAGGUGUGCUGCUGCUGGUUGGACAGAUAGCUGAUGGCAUCUGCACGCCUCUCAUUGGUUACGAGUCUGACCGAACCCCCGGCUGUGGAAACUACGGCAAAAGGAAGACAUGGCAUUUAGUUGGUACUCUGAGUGUGUUGGUGUCCUUUGCCUUCAUCUUCAACCAGUGUCUGGGCUGUGGCCCCCAGACCCCCCAGUGGGCCAGUCUGACCUUCUUCCUCCCCUUCAUCAUCGUCUUUCAGUUUGGCUGGGCCGCUACCCAGAUCUCUCACCUGUCACUCAUCCCAGAGCUGGUCAGCUGUGAGCACGCUAAAGUGGAGCUCACGGCAUACAGGUAUGCAUUCACAGUGAUAGCCAACAUCACAGUGUAUGCAGUGGCGUACCUGCUGUUCCACGUGCAGGCGGGGGAGGAUGAAGACGCUCUGGGACCCGUAGAUAUUCCCGUCUUCAGGAACCUGGCGCUGAUAGUGCUGGGCAUCGGGGCGCUCUUCUCCCUCUUCUUCCACCUGGGAAUCAAAGAGAAGAGCUCUGGAGCAGCAGGCAAGGCGGGAGGAGAGGAGGGGAGGGUAGAGGAGGAGGAAGAGGAGGAGGAGGGGGAGCGCAGACCCCUGCUCCCUGCUCCCCCCUCGUCCCUGCUGCAGUGGAAGUGUUGGCUGCAGCAGCCUUCUUUUUACCAGGUGGCCUUACUCUACAUGUCUACCAGGUUAAUAGUCAAUCUGUCUCAGACAUACAUCUCCAUGUAUCUCAUCAACACUCUGGGGCUGCCCAAGAAGUUCAUCGCCACCAUCCCGUUAGUGAUGUUCCUGAGUGGCUUCCUGUCCUCCUUCAUCAUGAAGCCUGUCAGUAAACUCAUUGGAAAAUCUCUCACCUACUUCCUAGGCCUGCUGCUGAUCAUGGCCUUCUCCUACUGGGUGCUGCUGGAGGGCCAGAUGGGUCAGCAGGUGUACGGGGCCGCGGUGCUGCUGGGGGCGGGGUCCGCCACCAUCCUGGUCAUAUCACUGUCCAUGACAGCGGAGCUCAUUGGAGGGCAGACGCAAAGUGGAGCGUUUGUGUACGGAGCCAUGAGCUUCACUGAUAAGGUGGCCAAUGGAAUCGCUGUGAUGAUCAUUCAGGUUCUGCAUCCCUGCCAUACGGUGGUAUGCUGCCCGGACUGUGUGUGGUUCUAUCAUAACGUCAUGGUGAUAGUGACGGGGGGCGUGGCCGUCGUCGCCGCUCUGGCGCUCUGCUCCAUCCUCAUCUGGCCAAUCAGGAUCCGACCCCGUGGUCUGCCAGAGGAUGCAGCCAUUGUAAACUAGCAGCCCCCCCCACCUCUUUUACGGACAACGUUCACCCUGCGAAACAACAGGACCACUGCAGUCAGCAGGAGGAGCUUCACUUGAAAGACUCUUCUGUAGUUUGCAGGAACAUUCAGCCCUUUCUGAUGAAGUCAGAGGAGAGCAGGGAAACCAAAGGAACUGAGAAGAAGGGAGACUUUUUUUCAAUUUCUCACUCAACCCACAUUUAUAAACAUGAUCUUCUAAUCUAAGUGAAAUCAAAGGUUUAUAUAUAAUCAGUACACAACACAGUCAAAGUAAUAGAAGUCCCAGAUCAGCAGGAAGCAGCGUUUCCUCACAUUUAACCGUAUCAACUAUAAAGCUUACUUUAUUUUCACAGAAGCAAACUAACACAUAACAGUUGUAUUACUUUUGAACUGUGGGGUUGUGAGCACAUGGACUUGCUUCACUACAGAGCUGUGAGCAGGAACAUGCUUUAAACAUGAUGAGAAAACAGGGUCUGGUUUUUAGUUCAAGUAUUGUUCAUUGCAUUGGACAACACGGAGCCCGAGAGGAAAGCCUGGCAUGCUGGGGAUGCUUUAAUAAAGGGAACCGCUGCUUCACUAAAAGGUCAUCAGAGCUAAAGAAGAGGACGCUAAAGGGAACCAGAUCCAGUGUGGUGCGUUCACAGACACUGCACAACAAGCAGGGAUCAUUUGAACACAGUUCUUUGCAACGCUAGCGAGUUUCUUUUGAUGUGACUACAUUCUAAACUUCAUUCCAAGACUCUACGUGCUAAGGCUUCAGUACACUAGAGAAGGACACAUUGAUAGAGCACUACAUUGAAAACAGACUGUCAGCAGGUAC